AUGCCGCCACGCAAGAAAAAGGACGCUGCGCCUGCCUCCCCUGCCUUGGAUGGCCUGCACAUAGCUAUCAGCGGCUCCAUCCCCCGCCGUACGCAACCCACAAUUGAGAAGAAUUUCAUUGUGCCAUUGGGUGCUGUUCUGGACAAAUCUGUCUCGGAUUCCACUACUCAUCUCGUGUCUAGCACGGCUGACUUCAAUAAGCCAUCAACUAAAGUCAUCGCUGCUCGAACUAAGGGCAUUCCGAUUGUCACAUUCGAGUGGCUAGAAGAUUGUCUUGAUAGACAGAAGCACAUGAAUGAGAAGGCCUACACUUUGCCUCAGAAUGAUACUGCCUCUGCCACUACUACCGACAAUGCUGACGGUAUUGACGUCUCUAUCCGAACCCGGGGCACUCGCAAGCGACAAGCACCGGAGACUGGUGGUGGCGACACCCAACCUCCACAAGCCAAGAAGGGCAAGGGCAAGGCUACGCCUGAAAUCGAUGAACCCGAAGAGCAAGAACCCAAGGUUGCCGAGGCUCAAAUAGCGAAGUCUCUGGAUGUGAAGAUCCCCCUCGAUGAAGUUGCCGACCAGCAAUAUUACAACUACGAUGUGUAUAUCGAUGGCAGUGGUAUCAUUUAUGACGCCUCGCUCAAUCAAACCAACGCAAAGAACAACAACAACAAGUUUUAUCGCGUCCAGCUACUGCGUUCUGCUACUGGCGACUACAAAACGUGGACUCGGUGGGGUCGUGUAGGCGAGCGUGGCCAAUAUAGCGCCCUCGGGUCUGGCUCAUUAGAUGACGCCCUGAAAGUAUUCAGAGAGAAGUUCAAAUCCAAGUCAGGGUUGGCAUGGGAAGAUCGUGGCGAGCAGCCGAAACCUGGCAAAUAUGCCUUCAUUGAAAAGUCUUAUGAACCCGAUUCGGAAGAGGAAAAUGAUGCGGAUGAAGCCGAAACGAAAGUGAAAAAAGAGGACGAGCCAGAAUCGAGGUUGCCAAGACCCGUUCAGGAUCUGAUGCAGCUUAUAUUCAACCAGGAGUAUUUCACAAACGCCAUGUCGGACCUCAACUAUGAUUCCAAAAAGUUGCCUCUGGGUAAACUCAGUAAAGCAAUGAUUACUCGAGGCUUUCAGACACUGAAAGAUCUAUCAGCUUUGAUAGAUGACCCAUCUCUCGCAGCUUCCCAGUACCUCACCACCGUCAAUGACGCAUGUGAGCAGCUAUCGAACCUUUACUUCACUGUUAUCCCUCACAACUUUGGGCGCAACCGACCACCGGUUAUCCAGCUCCAGUCAGAGCUAAAGAAAGAAAUAGAACUUCUAGAAAGCUUGGGAGAUAUGAAGGCCGCGGAACUCUUGAUGAAGGGUGAUAGAAAAGAGGAUCUCAAUGAGAUUGAUCGCCAAUUCCGAGGGCUAUGUCUGAAUGAGAUGACACCACUCAAUCAAAAGAGCCAGGAGUUUUCCCAAUUGAGCAACUACUUAAUGAAUACCCGAGGUCAUACUCAUAAUGCUCGGUUCCAGAUACAACAAAUCUUUCGCAUCGAGCGCGACGGGGAGUUCAACAGAUUUGAUGCAUCGCACAAAACUCUCCGUGAUCGACGUCUUCUAUGGCACGGUUCGCGUUGCACCAAUUUUGGUGGCAUUCUAAGUCAAGGUCUUCGGAUCGCGCCACCAGAGGCUCCAGUCUCGGGCUACAUGUUUGGAAAGGGUAUAUACUUGGCCGACAUGUCCUCAAAGUCUGCUAACUACUGUUGUUCAUACAUCUCUCAUGGGCAAGCGCUUCUACUUUUAUGCGAAGCAGAGCUCGGCGAUCCCUUACAGGAAUUGACCCAAUCUUCUUACAACGCUGACGAGACCGCCAAACAAAAUAACAUGUUGUCUACUUGGGGACAAGGUAGUACAGGGCCUAAUCUCUGGAAAGAUGCAGAAUGCGUUCAUCCAUCCCUGAAGGGCGUGAAAAUGCCCGAUACGACUGUUACGCCAGGCCCGACCAACAUUCCAAACGCAUAUCUUCAGUACAACGAAUACAUCUGUUAUGAUGUGUCACAGGUACGACUGAGAUAUCUUUUCCGAAUUAAGAUGUAG